AUGGCGCUGCGGCCGGGACCCGGCGCGGGGGGUGCCGGCGGGGCGGCGGGCGGCGCGGGCGGAGGCGGCGGCGGAGCGGGAGCCGCCAGCUUCAUGUUUCCUGUUGCUGGUGGUUUAGGCCCCCCUCAAGGGAUGAUUCCUAUGCAACAGCAAGGAUUUCCAAUGGUUCCUGUCAUGCAGUCCAAUAUGCCAGGCAUGAUGGGAAUGAAUUAUGGUUCUCAGAUGCCCCCUGGACCCAUGACCAUGCAGGGUGGCAUGCCCUUAGGGCCGAUGCCAGCGACUGGAAUGCCUUACAUGGGACAGGCUUCUUUCUUGGGAAUGCGUCCAGCAGCUCCACAGUACACCCCUGACAUGCAGAAGCAGUUUGCAGAGGAACAACAGAAGAGGUUUGAGCACCAGCAGAAAUUCUUAGAAGAAGAAAGAAAACGGCGCCAGUUUGAAGAGCAGAAACAAAAGCUAAGACUCCUAAGUAGUGUGAAACCUAAGACAGGUGAAAAAAGCAGGGAUGAUGCUUUGGAAGCCAUUAAAGGAAAUUUAGAUGGUUUUUCUAGAGAUGCUAAAAUGCACCCAACACCAGCAUCACAUCCAAAAAAGCCAGAUCAUCUCACAUCAUCCCAUUCUGCUGUAUCUGUUUCCCACUCUACUUUUCUUGAUGAUGAAGAAUUUAGUGACUUUAUACAAGGGCCUGUUGAAAUCCCCAAACUGGUGCCUCAACCCACCUCUCAGCCUUUUCAGCCUUUCCAUUCUGCUACUGAGGCUGGGCAACUGCUUUCAGAAAAGGCUGUGGUCCAGCCUCUCCCUCCAGCCCAGACUCCAGUGUUAUCAAUCCUGCAUGGUACAACUGGGCAGGUUCCUUAUUUUCCUACCUCUGCAUCUUCACCCAAUAUCCAUAAAACAGGCUCUUCCUUGGAGGAGAAAGUCUUAGAUAAUGGCUCAAAUGAAUCUGAACAAGAGCAAACCAAACUUAAAACAUCCGAAGUUGGGCACAAAGCCUCAGCUGCAAGCCAAGUUCAUCCCAGUCUAACCAUCAGUGACUGGGAUGUUGUAGGUGGACAUGAAAGUGGUACCACUGCUGCAGAGGUGCACAAGGCUUCAGAACAAAACAUAGCAGUUGAAGAGUGUGGAGUUGGAGUAUUCCCUUCACAGGACCCAAUUCAGCAAAUGAUGCCUCCUUGGAUUUACAACGAUAGCUUGGUCCCAGAAUUGUAUAAGAAAAUUUUAGAAACCACUUUGACUCCUACUGGAAUAGAUACAGCUAAGCUCUAUCCCAUACUGAUGUCAUCUGGAUUGCCCAGAGAGACCCUCGGACAGAUAUGGGCUUUAGCCAACCGUACUACCCCUGGGAAACUCACAAAAGAAGAGCUCUAUGCUGUCCUGGCUAUGAUAGCAGUAACUCAGAGAGGAAUACCUGCGGUGAGUCCUGACGCGUUAAACCAGUUUCCAGCGGCCCCCGUUCCUACUUUAACUGGAUUUCCGAUGCCGCUGCCUGCCACAGUGAGCCAGCAGCCUCUGAUGCCCUCCGCACCGCCCGUCUCCAUGCCUCUUAGCAUUGGGCCGGCCGUGAUGGGAAUGAGCAUCACAGCACCAGCGGGCGGAGCUGCAGGACAGCCUUCGGGAGGGUUCGUGCCAUCCUACCCACCCAGCCAGGUAGUAAAACCAGAAGAUGAUGACUUCCAGGAGUUUCAAGAUGCUUCAAAGUCUGGCUCACUAGAUGACUCUUUCACUGAUUUCCAAGGGGAUGUAGCUGGCUCCUCCAAAGCAGCCAGUUCACAGCACCGGAGCAGUGUUCCUUCUUUACUAAUGCCACUCCCAGGUAAUAAGACACUCUCAUCAACUGAUAAGUAUGCUGUGUUUAAAGGAAUUGCAGCUGAGAAGCCUUCUGAAAGUACAGCUACUUUUGGAGAUUGUGGAGACAAGUAUAGUGCUUUCCGUGAAUUAGAACAACCAUCAGAGAGCAAAUACUUAGGAGAUAACCUUGCAGAAUUCAAGCCUGCAGGAACCGAUGACGGUUUCACAGAUUUUAAAACCGCUGACAGUAUCUCACCGUUAGAGCCACCUACGAAAGACAAAACUUUCCCUACACCCUUCCCUUCUCUGCCCAUUCAGUCAAAACAGCAAACACAAGCAAAGACCUCUUUGAAUCUAGCAGACUUGGAUCUCUUCUCCUCUACUGGAGAAAACAAGCAGCCAUCCUUUCCACCUGCAUUUAAUACAUCAAAAUCGGGCUCUUUUCCUCCACCACCUCUUCCAUCUACCACCGCCCAACCAGCACCCAGUAAAAGUUCAAGCUUAGCUGAUGACUUUGGAGAGUUCAACCUUUUUGGGGAAUUUUCUAAUUGCGCAUCAGCCAGUGGACAAGAUGAUUUUGCAGAUUUUAUGGCUUUCAACAAUAGCAGUGGAUUUUCCGAACAAAAACCAGAUGACAAAUACAAUGCACUUAAGCUAGAGGCCGGUCCUGUUCCUCAGUCUGGCUCGUCUGCCAGUGUGGUGAAGAGUGGGCAGAGUUCUGCCACCGCUGCUACGCCCACCAAAUACGAUAUCUUCAAACAGCUUUCUCUGGAAGGCUCUGGAGCAGGCUUUGAGGAGGCGAAGGACAACACGCUUUCUUCAGUGAAGAGCGAUGAUGAUUUUGCCGACUUUCACUCUAAUAAGUUUUCUUCCACGUGCAACAGCGCAGAUAAGUCCCUGGUGGACAAAGUCGCAGCGUUCAAGCAGGCCAAAGAAGACUCUGCUUCGGUGAAGUCUCUGGAUCUCCCUUCUAUUGGUGGCAGUAGUGUCGGCAAGGAGGAUUCUGAAGAUGCGUUGUCUGUUCAGUUUGACAUGAAACUGGCUGAUGUGGGAGGAGAUCUUAAGCAUGUCAUGUCUGAUAGCUCUUUGGAUUUGCCAACAGUUAGUGGCCAGCAUCCACCAGCAGCAGAUAUAGAUGACUUAAAAUGUGCCCCAUUUGGAAGCUAUAACAGUGGGUCCGCAGUCAGCAGCCUGGCAAGCUAUGACUGGUCCGACAAAGAAGACAUUCAUCAGGGCAAGAAGCUCUCUUCCUUUGUCCAGUCUUCAGGAAGUGGAUCCUCUGCGGCUACUUCUGUUCUUCAGAAGAAGGAGACCUUGUUUGGCAGUUCAGAAAACAUUACCAUGACAACAGUUUCCAAAGUGACAACCUUUUCUAGUGAGGAUGCUUUACAGGAUGUUUCCUUUGCAGCCUUUGCAAACUUUAAAGACUCUGGACCAAUAUCCAGCGGUCCAAGUGACGAUGACAUUGGAGACUUUGGUGAUUUUGCAAGACCUUCAUCAGAAGCACAGGAUGCAGCAGCAGCUGACACAAACCAAGAGGCAGAUUUCCUUGGUACUGGUAUCUCUUCUGAACUGCGAAGAGAGUCCACAGAUGACUUUGGAGAAUUCCAAAGUGAAAAGCCAAAAAUCAGCAAGUUUGACUUCUUGGUGGCAACUUCCCAAGGCAAGGUGAAAUCUAGUGAAGAAAUGAUCAAGAGUGAACUGGCUACCUUUGACCUGUCUGUUCAAGGGUCUCAUAAAAGGAGCUUAAGCCUAGGUGACCGAGAAAUAAGUCGCUCUUCACCUUUACCAGUUUUGGAACAGCCAUUUAGAGAUCGUUCAAAUACUCUAAGUGAGAAGCCUGCUUUGCCCGUCAUCAGAGACAAAUACAAAGACUUGACUGGGGAAGUUGAGGAAAGUGAGAGGUAUGCAUAUGAAUGGCAAAGAUGCUUGGAGAGUGCCCUGCAAGUCAUAAAGAAAGCAAAUGAUACCUUAAAUGGAAUAAGUAGUUCAUCCGUUUGCACUGAAGUUAUCCAGUCUGCUCAAGGCAUGGAAUAUUUACUAGGGGUUGUUGAAGUCUACAGAGUAACAAAGAGAGUUGAACUGGGUAUCAAAGCAACUGCUGUUUGUAGUGAGAAACUCCAGCAGCUGCUGAAGGAUAUUGAUAAAGUGUGGAACAACCUAAUAAGCUUCAUGUCACUUGCUGCUUUAACGCCAGACGAAAACUCGCUGGAUUUCUCUUCUUGUAUGCUGCGUCCAGGGAUUAAAAAUGCCCAAGAUCUUGCCUGUGGAGUGUGCCUCUUAAACGUGGAUUCAAGAAGUAAAGUAAAAAGAAGAGAAACCUGUGGAAGAGCUUCCUAGAAAAGCCUUUAAUUCGGAAACGGAUAACUUUAAGCUGGCCUACGGAGGGCACCAAUACCAUGCAAGCUGUGCAAAUUUCUGGAUCAACUGUGUGGAGCCAAAGCCUCCAGGUCUCAUUUUGCCAGACCUGCUCUGAAAGCAGUUGCACUGAAGAUGGAGUAUCGGGUCUAAUAAUGCAGGGCACUUGGGGUAAAUGGUGUGGUAGGGUAAGUGGAAGGCCUUGAGGUGUGGUUAGUGUUUGAAAUGUUUCGGUUUGAUUUUUGUACCGUAACGAGUUAAAGCCACUGUCGCAUACAAAUUGCUUGUGAAGAAUUUCACUUGAAAUGGCCAGUGUUUCAGAAAUAACCAGAAAAAAAUGUAGUGUGGCAAAAAAUGCGGCAUUUCAGUCUUUCUCAAGAUGAAAGCGGGCUAGUCUUUGUAACAAACCAGUCUGCUAACCAAGUGCAUAAAUCUCUGAGAGAGGACAGUACCUAGCUUCCAAGAAAAACUGAAAUGCUUACACUGAUUUGCGUAGAAGUGACCACUUAAAUACUUGAAGUACGUAUUUGCAAACAAAUCUUUUCUUUAAUGUUUUUGGUAUAUGGACCAUGAUGUUUUUCUUUAAAUAUUUGCUACUAUACUGUUACAAUGCAUACAAUGCACGAGUCACAGUAAUUUUAAGGCAAAAUGAAUUAUGGACUUAGAAGGAAUGCAAAUGUGGAGAGCCAUUGCAUAUUUAUACUUCCACUGUUCUGUAUUGUAAAUUAUACUGUAUUCCUAUGCAUAGGUGGUUAGUGCUGGGGGAUAAGGACUUGGAAAAAUUUUUUAAAUUUUCCCUAUCAUAUCUGGAUUCUUUAAUAUAGGCAGCUGGAUUUUAAAACUUGUAGUCUUGGCUACUCUGUUGUAAAUAUAGACAAACUCCUUCCUUGGACUUGUCCUGAACUACAGGUAUGAUUUGUUAUGUUUCACCUGACCCUUCGGUAGUUGUGUGGCUGCAUCACUGUUGAAAAUUGGACUCCACUGAUACAGCAUGUCUGCUCCUCUCUCUCUCUAUUACCUUUUUUGUACGUUAAUGUGAUUUUCGUGAUGGGAUGCCUGCGUGUUACUUGUGCAGUCUAGUGCUAUCGGUAAUAAUGUGUUUCUCUGACUUAGACUGGCAGCACGAGAUGGCCCUUAGCUCCUGCCGCAGGUGGGUGUGAUUUAGCACUGGAAGUUGGUGGGCUUAAGCAGGCUAUUUUUUGAAGCAGGGUAUUGCACACCUGCUGUUUUGUUGCUUAUGGUAGGUACACCUAUCUGGACAGAAGGAGGUCAGUAUAAGAGACUAUCACAAAAUGUUAACCCGUACAUCUAAAGUACCUGAUUCUCUCUUCAGAUACAAUAUCCAGACGACAGUACAGUCAGCUGUAGUGCUAUUUACAGAAUUUUAAACCUAGUGGGAGCUUCAUGGCAUUAUUAUAAAGAGCCUUAUCACUAUACAGUCUUAGUGUGCGGUGAAUGAAGUGGGGUGUAUAUCCAUCGGGUACAACUUGCUGCUUAAUUCUUUGACUUAAGUUUCUCAGAUCUCUAGAAAAUCUCCCUUCUCUCCAAAGAUAUCAACAGCUUUUCCAAGCUAAUCUUGCCUCCAUUAUAAGUAGCUGACACUGACCAGUGGUUAUUCGCUGAAAUAGAAAUUACAAUGAGGAAAAAUGAUGCUUUGUGUUUAAAAAAAAAAAGGCUUGGUUAUACUAAACUAUUAAUUAUACCACAUGAAAGAAUCUUGGCUAAUAGGAGUGCUAGGUGUCUGGCCCCUUAUUUACACGAAUUAAAAUAAAUCUUCUUGCUGCCUGAAAUUAGCUCAUUCAUAAAAUAAGCAACUUGUGCCUCCAGUCACAAGCUCAAGCUAAUCAAGUGGUAGGUUUUCCAUAGUGUGACAGUGACUGCCUACCUUCUGUUGCCCAGUAAUUAUCAAAAAAAAGGCAGUCACUCAUUGCUUGCUAUUUCGUUUAUUAGGUGUGAAAUAGUUACAGCAGUCAGCACCAUAGCUUUUGACCACAUAGGUUGUUUUCCAUCGUAAUUAGGGGCUGCUGUAUACAUCACCAGUGCAAGCAUUCCCACUGAUGUUUGGGGUCUGCUCAGUGCAGUAAGCCAGUGCUCACUUUUGCAUCCUGAAUUACAGAAGCACUUAAGCAUUGUCUGACUUCAAGCAAAUGCCUCGUCUUGCUGCUAGCAAGGGGACUUCUCAAGUGGUUUUGAGUAUCUGGCUGAUGCAAAGGCUUAUGCUUAUGAAAUGCUAGAUUGGGAAAAGGGGGUUUAUUGUUAGCAUGGGUUUCCACCACAGUUCCUGAACACUUAGCUAGAUAGGAUUUUUUUUUUUCCUAAUUAAAAGAGAAUGCCACAAAUAAAAGAGGCCACAAUGUGAAACUUACACCAACCGGUAUUUCAAAUACAGUACCAGCUGUAUUGUCAUAAAAGCAUUUUUCAGUGAUGUUUUUCUUGUACUUGUUAAGCAAGUAAGUUCCCUAAGAUGUAUCCAGCGUGUCUUUUGGCCCACAAAAGUAAGGAAUUGACAUUUACAAUUAUAAUUGCAGCAGAGCUUGCUGAAGUAUGACACUACUGCUCGCUUGCUCCGUACAGAAGGGAAAGCAGCAGGCAAUAGUACUGCAUUUGUGGCAAGCAGAAAGCGUUCUUCUGAACCGAACACCUUUACGUCAUGGGAAUACACCAAAUGUUUUGCAUGUAGAUACCCUCGAUAAAGGCGUUGCACAAUGAGGAUCAUCUCACUUACAUAUCCUAGUCAUUAAAAUGACUCACUGUUGCAUUCAGCAUCUUCUCAGAUAUUACGUUGCCAGCCAAAGCCCAGUGUCCUUGCAAUCUGUAUCCAAGGUUACAGUAUUUUCUACAGUGCAUUGUGACAGACCAUGUUCCCCUGCUUCCUUUGCAUACAGGCUAAUGGACACGCUGCCUUUCGCUUUGGUUGUGUUGAAUUUCAUAAAUGUAACUCCUUUUUCUGCAUGUAUCUUUUGCUAGAAAAGAGAAAUGGGAUUUUCUUCUUUUUUUUUUUUAAAUGUACGUGUUCUCUGGAGCUGCCUUGGGAUUACCUAUGGAAAGUGAUUUUUCUAUAUAUUUGUGUAUAUUUGGAAUUCUAAGAGAUUGUUCGCUUGGUUAUUUAAUAUAUAUAUUGCUUUACCCAGUUGUAUUCCUGAUGCUUCUGUGCUAUCUUCGUGUGUUGCAGUUUUUCCUUGGUGGCAGGAGUGCUGGGGAGCGAACAGACCGCUCCAGCCUAUUCCCCUGCCCAUCCAUUGCCGUGUUUUGGUUUGAGUAUCUCCCCAAGCUUGCUGACCCCGUGUUGGCUGUAGCCGCUUGGAGGUUAUUUGUGGCGUGGGAAUUGUUAACGUUCUGCACUUGACCGUUCCACUGACUUCCCCUCCCUGGCAGCAGCUUCUCUUCACCUGGGUUUGUUUUGAGCAGCUCCUUCCUUGAAAUUCGUGCAGUAUACGUGAAGUGAUAGUGAAGUUCAACCUAAGGUUGAGAAGAAGCUUGUGAAAACCCAAGGAAUGCUCUGAUUUCUAGUUAGUUACAUGUUGGAUUAAUUAAACUUGAAACAAAACCUGCCUUUUCAAUAAAAGCUGCUAUUGUACAAACUACUUUUUCUGAAAGAUUUUUUUUUUUUCCUUUCUCUCUGGAUCUGUAUUUAAUUCCAGUUCUCAAUAUUAAAAUAUAAAUGUCAUAAUUUUAUGAAGAAAAGUGGUCAGAAAACUUCUCUUUGUAUUGUGAUUCUUUAUUCUGCCCUCUGGGCGAAUGUUAUUUCAUUUCUAGAAGUGGUUUUGCGAUUAGUAGUUGGAACUGUUUCGGUUUGUGCUAUGCUGGAGUCACUGCUGAUAUUUUAAAUCCAAUGAGAAUAAGUGUUAUUAAUGGACUUUAGUACACUGUUUACUCCCCUAAUUCUUGCAAUGAUUUAUAAAUCCUUUGUUGAGAUUCAAACCUUGUAUUCAAUAAAGAGCUCAUUUCAUAUCUGA